AUGUCGGUGCGCCUGGUGAUUGCGCUGCUUUUUGCGGCUGCUGCUACUGCCGAGGACUGCGAAGAUGGGUGGACGGUUUCUAAAGUGGCGGGCAGUUGCUACAAGAUGAUCAACGGGCAAAGCUUUUGGGACGCGGAGGCGGAAUGUGCGCUGGACGGUGCGCAUUUGACGUCGAUCCUCACCGAUGAGGAGAACCAGUUUAUCGAUGAUAUGGUCAACACGAAGAUCCCAGGCAAAGAGAUUUGGGUCGGCGGAUAUUUGAUGACGAAGGCCAAGACGCAGUUUCACUGGAUGGAUGAGACGCCGAUUGACAUGAACAGUGUGAUUUGGAACAAGGCCGGUCAGCCCGACGUUACUAGAAAGGAACAUUGCAUCCGCAAAAACAGCAAUGGCAGCCUCGAACAGGGAUUUUGUGACGCGCUGUACAAGGGUAUCUGCAAGCGUCCUAUUGGCCAGGUGGCGCCAAAAUUGGAGACUCCGCUGUGUGACGAAGGAUGGGAGGGGUCGAAGUGGAGCGGAAGUUGCUAUAAGUUGACCCCCGCGUCAAAGAGUGGCGCCGCUAAUGAGUACUGCCUUGGAUUAAACGCUACACUCGCGUCCGCUAAUUCAUUCCUGGAGAAAGAGUUUAUUCUAGAAAAAGCCAAGGCGGUUGAGAAGGAUACAGACACAUGGCUGGGUGCGAAGCGGGGCGCCGACGGUGUCUUUACCUGGAACGACGGAUCGAAAUGGGAGACGGGCUAUUGGAAUUCGGAUCUACCUGAGAAACCGGACAACACAAAGAACUGUCUGCUGGUAUGCAACCAUCUGUCGUCGGCUACCGCGCAUCGUUAUUUCCCAUGGGAUUGCAACACGGAGCACAUGGGAAUGUGCAAGAAGUUGACCGGCAAAAUCACGAAGAGUGGCGAUGCACAGGAAGAGUGCUUCGCUGCUGAUGCUCAGCCAGCUUCGGUGCUGUCGUUCCUUGAGAAGGAGUUUAUUCUGGAUCUGGCCAAGCAAGCCAAUACCACGGCUGUGUGGCUUGGAGCCAGAAGGGGAACCAACGGCAGAUUUGAAUGGAUCGAUCAGUCCAAAUGGGACAACGCCUACUGGUCGGUGACCGGGCCAUCAACCUCUGGAACCGACAAGAAUUGUCUGGUGCUGUUCGGCAAGGUGGACAACGAUGCGACGAUCCUGAACCGUUGGGCCGAGCACGAUUGCGGCGGCACCGCGAUGGGCGUUUGCAAGAAGCCCGGAAAGACGAAAGCC